GCGCUUUGUUGGGAUUGUUUGCGGAGUUCAUUCAGAAGGUUUUAUAUAUCCGUUCGUUUUACGUUUGGAAAUCAGUUUGGUGCUUAAACGCGGGACGCGAAUUUCGUUUUCUGGAUAAACUGAAAUCGUGGUUACCGUCUUGGAUUCAUUUUAAUUGGAUUUGAAUUAAUUGCAAGCGAAUAAACGACACACACAAAAAAAAAAAACCAACCAACAAAAUUAACCAAAUUAACGACGAAAAUUAAGAAAAAAAACCCCCAUCAAAAAAACAAAUUCAACAAAAUCCAUAGAUAAGAAACCAAAAGUUUUUUGGUCGAAGAAUAUAAAGAAAAUCUACCCAGAAAACAAGUGCUAGUGAAUGCAAACAAUUUGCCAGUGCCAGUGCAAACACUUGGGAAAAGUCUUUUUGGAAAUUUGAGCCAAAGUUAAUCGAAGAGGAAAAUUUUACAGUGUCACCACAUUAACCCAAAAGGAUAUUAUUGUGAAAUUGCAAAAAAAAAACUUAUCAGUAAAAUGUCGGUUAAAUGGAAGCUUAAUGUGCUUCUAGCACUCACCUUUGCCUUUCUAGUGGAUAUACCAUUCUCGGAAGCUGUACGCAUCGGUGGACAAGCAUCACCAAGAUUAAAAGAUAAACAAACCGAUCAAACACCAGCCGGAUCAUUUUGGCAAUCUCAUGUAGCCACACCCUCCUCAUCCACACCCUUCGAUUCGCCAUUCUUUUCAGCCACUCAUGGCAUUGUCCAAACACAUCCCGCACUGAGCAACAAACAAUCACGCCCAGUUCCCCUGACAGGCAAUAGCUUGGGCAGCGGAAGUGGCCGGCCACCAGCCAUAGUCAGCGGCAGUGGUUUCCUCAAUUCGCGGGGCAAUUUCCCCUCAGGUGCCCAUUAUCCCACCGAUACGGGGCGCACAGUGGUCAAUCCCAAUCCCAAGUCACCCUUUAGACAUUUGGACUUUUCCACCAGUGCCACAGCGGAGUUAAGACGCAAUCCUGCACUCUCGGCUCCAGAUGAGUGUGCUCGCGCUUGUCGUGAAGGUGAACCACCAAGAAUUUGCUAUUAUCACUUCACACUGGAAUACUACACAGUUUUGGGAGCUGCCUGCCAAGUUUGCACACCCAAUGCCACCAACACCGUUUGGUCUCACUGUCAAUGCGUCUUAGCCGAUGGAGUGGAGCGUGGUAUUUUAACCGCCAAUCGUAUGAUACCAGGUCCCAGUAUACAAGUGUGUGAAAAUGAUAAAGUCGUCGUGGAUGUUGAAAAUCACAUGGAGGGCAUGGAAGUCACCAUUCAUUGGCAUGGUAUCUGGCAGAGAGGCUCCCAGUACUAUGAUGGCGUGCCAUUUGUUACACAAUGUCCCAUUCAGCAAGGCAACACAUUCCGUUAUCAAUGGACUGGCAAUGCUGGCACUCACUUCUGGCACGCCCACACUGGUCUUCAAAAACUCGAUGGUCUCUAUGGCAGCAUAGUGGUACGCCAGCCACCAUCGCGUGAUCCCAAUUCGCAUUUGUAUGAUUUCGAUUUGACUACACACAUUAUGCUGAUCAGCGAUUGGCUGCAUGAGGAUGCUGCAGAACGUUAUCCCGGCCGUCUGGCUGUAAACACUGGUCAAGAUCCCGAGUCUCUAUUGAUCAAUGGCAAAGGACAAUUCCGUGAUCCCAAUACCGGUUUCAUGACCAAUACUCCUUUGGAAAUAUUCACCAUUACACCGGGUCGUCGUUAUCGCUUCCGCAUGAUUAAUGCCUUUGCCUCUGUGUGUCCCGCUCAGGUGACAAUUGAAGGUCAUACUUUGACAGUUAUUGCCACAGAUGGUGAACCAGUGCAUCCGGUUGAUGUUAACACGAUCAUUUCAUUCUCUGGUGAACGUUACGAUUUCAUUAUUACCGCGGAUCAACCUGUUGGUGCCUACUGGAUUCAAUUGAGAGGUCUGGGAGAAUGUGGUAUCAAACGAGCUCAACAAUUGGCCAUAUUGCGUUAUGCUCGUGGUCCAUAUCAGCCAGCAUCGCCACCACCAACCUAUGAUGUUGGUGUGCCACAGGGUGUGGUUAUGAAUCCCUUGGAUGCCAUGUGCAAUGGUCAACGCAACGAUGCCAUCUGUGUUAGUCAGCUGAAGAGCGCUUUGGAAAUUGAUCGCGGCAUUUUGGCAGAGAAACCAGAUGUAAAGAUAUUCUUGCCCUUCCGUUUCUAUUUGUAUCGUCCCGAAGAAUUGUUCCAGCCCAACACCUACAAUCGUUUCCUGGUGGCUCCUACCGGUGAUCAUGUUAUUUCUUUGAUUGAUGAAAUCUCGUAUCUUUCCGCACCCGCCCCCUUAACAUCGCAAUAUAAUGAUAUCAAUCCCGAACAAUUCUGUAAUGGAGAUAACCGGCCAGCUGACUGUGGUCCAAACUGCAUGUGUACUCAUAAGAUUGAUAUACCAUUGAAUGCUGUGGUUGAAGUCGUCUUGGUCGAUGAAGUUCAACAACCCAAUUUGUCACAUCCCUUCCAUUUGCAUGGCUAUGGGUUCAGUGUUGUCGGUAUUGGCCGUUCGCCCGAUACAAACGUGAAAAAGAUCAACUUGAAGCAUGCCCUGGAUUUGGAUAGACGCGGCCUGUUGCACAGACAAUACAAUUUGCCACCCACCAAAGAUACCAUUGCGGUGCCCAACAAUGGUUAUGUGGUACUGAGAUUUAGAGCUGAUAAUCCUGGUUUCUGGUUGUUCCAUUGCCAUUUCUUGUUCCACAUUGUCAUUGGCAUGAAUUUGAUCUUGCAAGUAGGAACAAAUGCUGAUUUGCCACCAGUGCCACCAGGUUUCCCUACAUGUGGUGACCACACACCACCCAUACCAAUCAAUUAAGGUGUAAACAAACGUUACAUCAAAACAACGAAAACAAAAAAAAAUAUUUUUAGAGAAAAAUGUCGCCAAUCCCGCACACAACAAUCCAACUACAUACACGAGAGAAGUUUCCUAAAACAAUAGACAAGCGGCAUAAUAUUUUCUCUAGAUAUUUUCCUAUAAUAGCAAUAAUAACAAUAACAACAAUACAAAAAACAAACAAACGAAAAAGACAAAAACAAGAACACAUGUACAAAGUUUUAAAAGACACACACACAUAUACUAGAGACAGAAAGUACUAAAAAAAAUAAUCACAGACCAAGUGUAUAAAAUAACCAACAAGAAAAAGCUAAAUGCACUCUCAAAUAUAUAUCCCUUGUAUAUGUAUAUCAACCUUAACUGUAGAACAGCACUUGUAUGUUGUAUUGAAAUCAUAAACGAAGGCUUUAAAGCUGCCCUCUUUACGAGAAAGCUACAAAGCAAUGCCAAUUUCCCAUGAAGCUGUUACUAAAGCUUAUAACGCACUGUCUAUGUGUUUAAACUGUAGAGUCGCGAAGCAACUUUAAACCUUCUAUGCGCUUGUAAGGCUUUCAAAAGAGACCAGGAAACCCACAAAGCUUUUGGGGCUCAAAGCUUUUGGCCCUUAAGCUUUACCAGGAGAUUUCUUGCUUUUUGAACAGCAUUACAAAUUGAGAAUUUAUCAUGUGAAAAUUUUCAAUAACUCUUUAGCGCAAUAGUCAUAAAAUUAUGAAUAAUUUAACGAAUAUAUUUGCGUGUACACUUCUCUGUUGUAAAAUAGUUAAUUAUUCUCUCUUGUAUUUCUUAUAGCAAUCGUUCCUUUAUCCACCAACAACUUUUCAAUUUCAAAAUGACUCCCCUCCUUCAUAUUGUUACAUAUAAUUUAAACCCUUUUUGGCCUUUUUCGUUUCAAACUUGACAAUUUUCCUUAUGUUGUAGCUAAAUUUUUUAUUUUUUUAAAUUCCCAUUCAAUAGAACUUUUCACCUUGCCCAAUCUUUUAAAUCUGCCACUUGCUUAUUUUUUACAUGUUUAAAAUUUAAGUGAAUUGUACUUAUUAUAUGUUUGCUUAGUGUAUAUUAUUAUGUUUUUUUUUUUUUUUGUUUAAUAUUUUAUUCUAUUUUUUUUAUUUGUUUGUUUAUUUGUAAACAGAACUGCAAUAGUCUUAUUUUGUUUAUAUAUUUUUUUCCUAUUCAAUAUGGGUCCCACACAGGUCCUUCCAGUUAGCAGUUGUGGCCUAGUUGCAACACUCUUGUCGUCACACUUUUUGCUCUUUCUUGCUACCUACUCAACAUGCUUUCUUAUUUUUAUUUAUGCAAUUUCUUCUUCUUCUAAAUGUUAAUGUUAAUUAAUUAUUAUUUACUUAUUUUUUUUA